AUAAGUAGUGCUAUUAUUUACGGUGCAUAUAAAAUUAUAACAAAUGCUGAAUUUUGCGAAGAAGUAAACAUGGUCAUUGCAGCUCAGAAAGAAACUUUAAAGUAUUCUAUAAUUCCAUUAAAAACUAUUACAUCUAGUGUAUUAUUUGAUGACGGUGAGAUAGAAAUAUUCACAGAAGAAGAACAUUUGUCUCUUAAAAACGAUAACACACAUAAUUUAAUAUUAAGCGAAGAGCUGGAUGCAAAUGUACAAGAACCAUUUCCAAGAGGAGAACCAAUACCAGUAAAAAUUAAUAGAUUUAAUGGAUUACUUGAUAAUGGUGAAUUAACAUUAAAAACGGAAGAUGGUGAUACAACAUUUACUUUCCAUCAGACAUUGAGCCUUGAAGUCAAAAAAACGUCUACAACUUUACAAAAUGAAAUAGCUGAUGAAAAAAAAAAACAACCUACAACAACACUUAGAAAAGAUGGUAAAUUUAAUUUAACUUAUUCAGGUUGUAAAACAACAUUAAAAACACCGACAAGUGAAAAAAAGUGGACAAACAUGAAACACCCUGAUGACCGUGAAAAAUUUAAAUUGAAUUUACCAUCAUAUAAGGACUUAUUCCCAAUAAUUGGCAAUUUUAGUUUUUCAUUUGAAGAUAUAGUAAAAAUACAAGCAGACGAAAGCGAUGAAGUUUAUCAUUUCAAACAUAAUUUGAAUAUUGAAUGCGACAAAAAAUUAGAUGAAAAUUUACGAAAUAAAAUUGCUGUUGUAAAAGAACUAUCAAGAGAUGAUGUUGCUACUAACAAAUCUCUAAGAAAAAGUUUACCUGAAGAAAUAAAAACAUGUGAUGUAUCGAUUGAUAGUGGUACAGUAUUAUUCAAAACACAAGAUGGUGAUAAAUUUGCUGUCCGACACAUACUUAACGUUGAAGUUUUUGAAGAUGGUGCAAAAACAUAUCUUCUUUGGUACUUGGAAUUGACAAAGUUUCAAUAUAAAUGAAUUAGUU